GCCCCCUCCGAUCAAAUCUCACGGCCAGGGACGGGGUCCAGACCACCCGCUUUCUUCUCAUCGAGCGGCUCGCGUUCGAAACGCAGCGUGGGAGCGACCGCACGGGACGCUCUUCACUCUCCGUAUCUUCUUCGAUGUCCGUUAUUAGGGCCCUGACGCAGACGCUCAUGAUUGGCGAACAGACAAAAAGCAACCACCUCUUCGUCUUCUCCUCCGCGCGCGAAUGCGAAUGCAAUUGCUCUCUCUCUCUCUCUCUCUCUCUCUCUCUAAAAUCGCAUCUGCGAUUCCCCUUCGAGCGUGUCCGACGGCGAUGGCGUACUAUCCGGUCUGCUUCCCCGGAGAGGAGGAGGGGGAGAGCGCCUGCUUCUACUGCAAGCGCGGGCCGGCGCGGCUCCGGUCCGGCUGGCGGCUCAGCAGCGGCGGCUACGCACAGCUCUGCGACGAAUGCGCGUCUGCUUAUGAGGAUGGUACAUUCUGUGAAACAUAUCACUCUAAUGCUGAUGGUUGGAGAAAUUGCAAUACUUGUCAGAAGCUGCUCCAUUGUGGAUGCAUUAUGUCAGCGCAUGCCUUUGUAGUAUUGGAUUUUGGAGGGGUUAGCUGCAUGGAUUGCUUGAGGAACGACUUUACUCAGAAUGGCCCUGAGGCUCAGCAGAUAUUGGAUGAAUCCCAAGCGGCUGGACUGUCUGAUGGUUCUGUUGAAAUGACUGCUGAAAUUCAGUACGAGGUGUACCUAAGUGCAACGCAUGCUCCAGCGGUGCUCCAUGCCACGCUUGGUGAAACGGCCUUUCAAAAUGUUAUUUCCACCGUCCCAUAUAAUGAAUCGCCUCCUCUAACUGAUUACGGAGUAACGAUCUCUCAGAAUUCCUAUCAUGGAGCAGAAUUCAAGUCUCCCGAAAGAUUUCCUCUGCAUGAUCAAUGUCUGGCCAAUGAAACGGAAAAGGAACUACAGAAGACUUCUGAAAAGCAUGCUUCAGUAUGUUUUCAUUGAUGCUGCGUCCCCAUUACAUUAAACAACAUGUCAGGUACCAUUUGCAGCUAUUUUUAAUCCGGAUUUGGAGAAGUUGCAAUGUGGUCUUCACAGAGGAGGAACUUAUCAUUUGACGUACGACAUUGCUUUGCACAAACUAAAGUUCCAGUAACCCUUCAUCGCAUUUGCUUACGCAAGUUUUGGGACCCCUAGUAUAAUUCACCCUUUAUCGAUUAAGUGAUCAAUUCAGAUAUCAUUUUUCAAGUUAGUUUAUGUGAACCUCAGGAAUCUUUACAUGUGGAAAACUUUCAGAUGAUAUUUCAUUGUCGUUUGAUUUUUGCCCAUA